UCUUCUAGGGUUUGAUAGAAAAAAGAUCUUGUCUCUGCGCCGCCGCCGCCCCGCCGCAGCUCUCGUGCUAGCUCCAGCAAACAUCGCCGUGCUCCAGCAAACAUUUGCUCAAAGGGUAGCGACCUUCAAUACUUUAUUAAGCUGGAGAAGCGUAGGUAAUUUGGAUCCCGGCGGUUGUUACUUCCAUCCAGAUCUUCUGACAGACGGCCGCAGGGAGUCAGGGUGCGGAAACCAGCCGUCAGGAAAGACGAAGGGGGAUUGACGAUGAAACGCCAGUUUGUCAAUCUGGUACUGGACAACCUCAAGGGUGGUUCCUUCACUAUUCACCGCAUCAAAUCGUCUAAUCUCUUUCACCCGAAAAAUCAGAACGGGCGCCCACUGCCACUGACAUCGCUGGUGGAAGCUAAGCUGCCUAAACCUGUAUGCAUGCUCGGUCUUUCCAUCCGCAAGGAAAAUGGCGGGGAGUUCAUGUUCACGCCCUUUGGCAGCAGCAGGGACAAAAUUCUCAUCGCAGACCAGGAUGGCAUCGUCCAGAUUAACGACAUCUGCCAGAAAAGGCUCUCCAACAAGCCCACACUCAAGGAGUGGAAUCCUUACUCCGUUGCCAUCACCCUUGGUGACGACCUAUACCUCAUGGACAGGUGCCCUCAAGUGCCAGAUCGGUUUUGGCCCCAUCAACCCUGCUUCCAAGCCCUCAUCCAUGGUGAACCUCCAACUGACGUCCGUGGUCUUCCAGGGUGGUACUGGCACUCUCUUCCAAUGCCCCCCUACGUGGAGACCUCUGGGUAUGAGCCUAGCUGUGGCUCCCAAAUCGUCUCAUCCACUGUAGUUCGUGACAGCAUCUGGGUGUCUGCCACUGGUGGCAUUGGUACCUACUCCUUUAACAAGGUCAGCCGUGAGUGGAGCAAAGUUGGCAGCUGGGAGCUCCCGUUCAGCGGUGACGCGCAGUACGUCCCUGAGCUUGACCGCUGGCUCGGCUUCUCCUGUGGACGAGAUAACCAGUUCUUGUGUGCUUCAGACCUCUCCGCGCUGGCUGCAGAUGGGGCAGUGCCCACUGUGUGCCGCGUUUGGGACGAAGACAUUGCUACAAACCCGAAGAACUGGGCGCUGCUGAGGUCCGACCUUGUGUGUCUUGGUUCUGGCAGGUUCUGCAUCUCCAGGGAGUUUCAUGUAUAUGAUAGCUACCCCUUUCUUAAGGAGAAUUUUGCUGUGUUCACGGGCCUGGAGUUGCAGCAUAGUGACACAGCUGAGGACGGGAUCCAGGUGGUCAAGCAUAAAUCCAUACGCUACAACUUUGAUGGCAAGCUGCUCCAAUUGGUAUGUUAAGCGUAGUAUUAGGUCCUAUGGAUAUCAAAUAAUGAUCUUGUAUGAUGGGAUGGAUUGGCAUGGGUGGGACGUUGGUGGAUGAAUGUUUGUGCCCAAUGGAUGAAUGUUCGCUCUGGACUAGGUCAGCCCCUCGGACCAAAGACUGAAUAAGUGAGCAAGUGGCGCUGAGUAAGUUGAUCAGAACGUCCAUGAUGUUGGUGUUUUUGAGUUUCAUGCAUUGUAGUGGGACUUUAGGCCAAUGUAGAGCUGUUUGAAUUUUCUUUGGCUUGUAAUGUACCUAAUAAUAUAUGUCGUAUCAUCUGGUGAUC